CCCGAUUGUCCAUUCAAGAGUCAUCUUUUUGAGGAGCAGUUCCACCACGGCCGGUGCCAGUCUAGUGAUUGCGCCAUCCACGCCUGUGACAUUUUUUGCCAGUUGUUCCCUCCGGUUCCCUUCUAGACCGGCAAUUAGUGUAGUGCCUAAGGGACUUUGGAGUCAUAGCCUCGGCCUCUCCUUAAAUGCUUGGGACCAAGUUUUGACCUUUCUCGUUUGCACCAACUCUAGUCUUGGAUCUUUUUUCCGUUUCUGUGUUUGUUUUUCGGCCAAGACUUGACCUACAUAAUUCGGGGAUCUAAACAGUGACGCAACCGCGCAGGAGACAAACAUUUCCGUCUGCGAGCCUCAUCCCUCAUCAAACGCUAGAGUCUAGGCUCACCUUACUUCAUCAUGAGCAACACCACUACUGCUGGUCAGGCCCGACCCAAAUAUGAAAGAAUCCAAUCCCAACCCGAGAAUCCGUUCGCGGCUCUCAUCCCAGACCAGCAAAUUGCCGUGAUUCCCUCCUUCACCCUAGAGUCGGGUGUCACGCUUCACAAUGUCCCUGUGGCCUACACCACCCGCGGCACGCUCAAUGCCGACGGUGACAAUGCCAUGGUCAUCUGCCACGCCUUGACUGGCAGCGCCGACGUGAGUGACUGGUGGGGUCCCCUCCUGGGCGGACCUGGCCGGGCCUUUGAUGUCUCGCGCUUCUUCAUCGUCUGUUUCAACAGCUUGGGAAGUCCUUACGGCACCGCCAGCCCCGUAACUGCCAAGGACGGCGAUCCGACCAAGGGCCGUUACGGCCCCGAAUUCCCCCUGACCACCAUCAGGGACGAUGUCAGGUUGCACAAGCUGCUGCUGGACGACUUGGGCGUGCGCCAGGUAGCCGCCGUCAUCGGCGGUUCUCUUGGCGGCAUGUUUGUUCUCGAAUGGGCCUACUUUGGCAAGGACUACGUGCGAUGCGUCGUUCCCAUCGCCACGUCGAGCAGGCACAGCGCUUGGGGCAUCAGCUGGGGUGAGGCUCAGCGCCAGUCCAUCUACGCCGACCCCAAGUAUGAUGACGGCUACUACUCCUUUGAGGACCCCCCCUCCACCGGUCUCGGAGCCGCCCGCAUGUCCGCGCUCCUGACCUACCGGAGCCGAAACUCCUUCGAGGCCCGCUUCGGCCGGAACACCCCCGAUCCGUCCCGCCGGCAGAUCAUCCGGGAGCGGCCCACCCCGUCGACCCCCUCGGAGGCGCACUUCCACAUCCACAACGAUGGACACAAGGUGAAGCGCACCAGCCUGUCGCGCUCCAACAGCAACGACAGCACUGGCAUUGCCAGACCCGUCGAUGCCCCUGCCGCCGCCGCCAGCAAUGCCUCCUCCCACGAAGCGCAAUCCGACCCCCAGUUCCACGGUCCCCAAAAGACCACCACCACCACCACCAGCAGCCUCACCGGCGGCGACGUCAUGCCCCCGCAAUCCACAUACUUCUCCGCGCAGUCUUACCUGCGCUACCAAGGCUCCAAGUUCGUCAAGCGCUUCGACAGCAACUGCUACAUCGCCAUGACGCGCAAGCUGGACACGCACGACGUUUCGCGGGGGCGGGCGGCCAGCAUCGCCGAGGCGCUGGCGUUGAUCCAGCAGCCCACGCUAGUUUUGGGCAUCGAGAGCGACGGGCUCUUUACUUUUGCCGAGCAGGAGGAGCUGGCGCAGCAUAUCCCCGAUAGUCGCCUCGAAAGGAUUGACAGCCCUGAGGGCCACGACGCGUUCCUGCUCCAGUUUGAACAGGUCAACCGGUACAUUCUCAACUUUUUGAGGGAGGUGUUGCCGGAUAUUAUGAACAAGGAUGUCCCCGAGGGUAGCGAGGCGGCGGAGAGCUCCGUUGGGCAGAUUACCAAGAGCAGUACGUUUGGAGAGGCGGAGGUGGAGGAUAUUACUGCUUGGUAA